AUGUUGAGAGAAAAUCAGCGGUCCAUUAAAGGCGGUGUCAGAGGCGGUGAAGCACGUGACCUCAAUGACGUCGUAAUCGGCUGCACGUCGCUUGGCUACGAUGCCGCGCCUGCGCUUGCAACCAGAGGUGUCAGCUGUCCAUCUUCUCUAAGCCACAGAGAACACUGGAAUCCAUCAGGUCACCGCUUCAUGUCCCCAUUAAUCUCGGCUUUUCGACCACCGUCUACUCGAGGCUUGUCCCUCCGCCAUAGGUCUCGUUACAGACAAAAGAAGCAGCAGAGACGCGAGCAGUCGGACACAGAGUCGGAUAAUCAUGAUGUGGAUGCUCACUCCAUUAUCACCCCGUCUAAGCACACCCCGAAAGCCAUUCGAGCACUGCGGGGUUCUGUCUCUGCUGGCGGUCCUCUGCGCCCGUUUCGCCUGGUGAAGCAGGAUAUUGUCAACCUUCGCCGGCGAUAUAUCUCUGACUGGAAAGUCUUUAAUCAAUUGAUUUUUGCCAGUGCCGUAUAUGUUUUUUUCACGAAUUUGUUGCCUGGGAUCACAUUUGCCAGUGAUCUAUAUGUCCUGACGGGCAAGAACUGGGGGACCAUUGAGGUUGUUUUCAGUACAGGGCUUUGUGGGUUUAUCUUUUCCUUAGUCUCCAUUCAACCAUUGACGAUUUUGGGAGUUACUGGACCUUUCUCGGUUCUGGCAGAGAAUAUAUACAGCUUGUGCCAUGAUUCGUUCAACAUUCCCUUCCUGCCAUUUAUGGCCUGGUCGUUGAUCCAUGCUGCUUGGAUGCACUACAUAUUGGCCAUCAUCAACGCUCAUGACUGGACAAUGCGCUAUGUGACCACGUUUGCUACUGAGAUCUUCUCUCUUCUGAACAGUAUUAUCUAUUUUCAUAAGGCGAUCCAAGAGCUUCAGAGAGCACACGAAGAUCUCUCGUUUGCAGCGUUUCUCUACGCUGUCAUCGGUGCCGUGGGGACCAUGCUUCUUGCUAUCUUCCUUUCAACAGCUGAAAGUUGGCGACCUCUGUUCCACCGUUACAUCCGACUUGGCUUGACAGAGUACGCUGCUGCAAUAUCUAUCAUAAUCUUCAUCGGCUUGCCUUACGUUGGUGAACUCUCCCACCUUGACAAGAUGACCCUUCCAGUAAGCACGUCCUUUAAGCCAACAUCACCAGAUCGUGAUACCUUUUUUGUUCGAUUCUGGGAACUGCCUGUCGCAUGGAUAUUUGGGGCUAUGAUCCCUGGGAUUAUCAUUACCAUGCUUUUCUUCUUUGACCACGAAGUCAGUUCUAUUAUCUGUACAAUUGACCGGUAUGGAACGAAGAAGCCUGGUGGAUUUGCGUGGGAUAUCGUUCUGCUAGGCACUACGACAGCCGUAUGUGGGAUUCUCGGGAUACCGCCAGCGAACGGAUUGUUACCACAAGCUCCUUUGCAUUCCGAGUCGCUGAUGCACAACGAGCAGGAACAGGUUACCGUUUUCGUGGACGGAGAGGAAAAGGUAGAAACUCGUGAAGUCAGACGUGUCUAUGAGCAAAGGUGGUCGGCCUUUCUUCAUUCCGGAGCUAUUUUACUGUUCGUCAGUCCCCCUUUCAUGAAGGUCCUUGGCUUGACUCCCACGAGUGUUCUUGCCGGGUUGUUCCUCUUCAUGGGCGAGCAAAGCUUAUCAGUAAACCCUAUUUUAUAUCGAACGUUCUACCUUCUCACUCCACCGUCCGAACUCCCACCUCUACCCCCAUCCCUCUACAAUGGAGAUCCUGCAGACACGUCCACGGAAAACAAUACGUCAUCACGAAAGAAACCCUUAUAUCUCCCCAUCCACUUCUACACCCUUCUGCAGAUAGUUCUCACGAUAGCUAUUUUCAUCCUAACCCUAACCAAAGGUGCACCGGCAUUCCCAGUUCUGAUCAUUGCCCUGGUACCAUUUCGACUAUUACUCAUGAAACGCUGGUGGCCCCGUGAGGUCCUCAGAUUCGUUGACGCCUGGGCUUGUCGCGAGGGUACUCCGGAAGAUGACGAGGAUGCCAGAUCAGGAGUGGCUGAGGAGACCAGGGAAGCAGGUGCCAACGCUAAUCAUGGUCGGAGAAGCGAUGAUAGCGCCUUCUGUCCCAAUUUGGAUGGAAUUGUUGAUAAGUCUGGUGUUGUUGUUCAUGGAGAAUCGUCUAGAGUGACAAGACGUGAUGAGAUAUGGCCUGUGGAUGAAACGGAUUGGAUCGAACUCGAAGUUCUCGAGAAUGUAGAUGAGGAAUUUGGAAGGAGGGGUGUCAAUAGCAGGGCUUCAUGAGUAGUAGCUCAGCCGUGAAUAAUAUUGUCUCUUUCUUCUAUAUAUACUAAUAUAUAGAGCAUCGAGUCCAUAUAUAUCAAUCAACACGAAGAGUUCCCUGAGGGGUAUCAUUCAAAUAAGUUGAUGCCCUUUGCGCCUGAUCACAUAAAACUCCUAUUCCCUCCAGAUAUGAUGAACCCAAGGCAGAACACAUAUCGUUCUUAAUAAAUUACCCAAGACAGAAAAAUCCCUAAAACACUGCAUUUUCCAACACUUCCCCAGCCUAUGCCCUCCAUCCCUGCACAAACUCAUGAAGACGGUCGAUAACAACCCCAAAAAUAGCAUUCACGCUAUCACUGAUGAGCUGCUCAAAAUGCCUUAUAGCCUCUUCUUCAUUCAUCUCUAGAUGGAAGCGCUCUUUCACUUUCAGAACCGCCUUGUCAGGCUCAACCCGGAUGUCAGGGAUAUUGGCAUCCACCAUGAGGCUGAACAGGUUGAGAAUAAGAUUUGCACUCUUGCGUAGGGUGGUGUACGCGGUGAAACAAUACUGCUUGAACUGCAGGUAGUGGGAAGAUGUCGUGCCACCCAUGCCCUCAACCAUUUCCUUGCAGAGUUUCAUCAUAGGCGCGAAGGGCUUCGGGUCGCGACCCAGAAUGAAUCCGAAAUCGGCGUGGAAGAAAUGGCCAUCUGGUGCGAGGAGGAGGUUCUCCAGAUGGCGGUCACCGACACCAAGGAGGUACGUGAUGACGCAAUAGCCGGCGCAAGAUUUGAUGUAGGUGUCCAUUGCCUCUUUACGGACGCCCAAUGGUUCGUUCUCAUCCGGGUUGUUGGCUUUGAGGUAGGCAAGGACGGAUUUGUAUUUUGCAGACGCAGCAGAUAGGGAUGUGGAGGGGAUGAAUUGUACAGCACCAGCCGUGGAGCUGGUGGCGAUAAUCCUAUAGGGGGUGAGCUUGAGGUCGAGAUUCUCCUUCUGGAGGAGCCGGUCCAUCAAGAUGAUGAUCUGAAUCACGAGUUGGUCUUGGCGGAGGUCGUCGCCGACUUUGAAAAGAAUUGGAUAUUUCCGGCCCUCGGAUGUUUUGAAAGUAAUGUGUAGCGGGGAUAGUGAAGAUUUAAAGACAUUGGACUCGUCGGGGAAGCAACCGGUAAUUGAUACCUCUGGGUCCAAAGGGAGAGGCAAGGGAGGAUCAAUAUUGAUAAGCUCAUUCUUGGGGUCUUUCAGACACCUCUUUAGCUUCUCAAUCUUGUGUAUCCGGUUCUCUCGAGAGAAGCGGAUGUCCUUCGCAAUUUUUGUGAGCACCGUUACCAAUUCACCUUGGCGCAACAAGGUCUUCCUGUGUUCUGCGUGAAUUCGCUCUAGUUCGGCCAUGAAAUAAAAUUCCACCCGAGCGAAAAGCCGCCGCUGGGCAGAUAAUGUUCCAGGGGUAUCAUCACAUUCAACAAUAAGAUACCAAUGUAGAUAACUCCCAAGUUUGAAAUUGUUGGCAGCGCGGGACACCAAAAAACUUGCCAAAGACGAAUCAUAGCCUGCGUCCUCGGUGUUCUCAGCAGGACUGUUUUCGUACUUCAAUGCUUGGACUAGUUGUAGCAGAUAAAGAAGAAGCUCUUCGUCGUCUGCCUUUCGGAGUCUGUCAACAGCAUAUGACCGGACCGCAGCAUUGUCGAAAGUAGGACCCAAAAGUUCCAAAGCAUCGUCAACGUCGAUUUCCGUCCACUUAGGGAGGAUAUCCACAGCUUGGCGAGCUUCACCUACAUCAUGCCAGUUGACAGACUUGACAAACUUUGUUAGCGCUCUCUUCUCACGAGUAAGAUAGUACCUGAAUCUCCAGACGAGAUCCUUUUCUUCGGCACUUAGAUCUUGUGUGGGUUCGUAAGACAGUAUAUUAUUGAGCUCAUCACGGUUUUUGGGAUUCGGUUUCAGAUCACGGUCCAUUAUGCCAGUACGAUGACUGCGGAUCAAUCUUCUGUGCUUGUCCUCACAUGGAUUUCCUGUCUGGCCGACCUCAGGAUCGUAGAUCCUAAUAACACUGUCCCCGUUACCACCUUCGAUUCCAGGUCCAAAACGAACUUCCGGAAUAGGCUUCAGUGCCGAAUUUGGAUUUCUAGGUGCAUUUUGAGGAUGUGAUGAGACGGGGGUGGGAGGAUAGUCAUGAUCGGCCCAGACGAUUGGGUGGUCGAACCGUGGGAACUCGACAUAGAGAACGAAGUUUUCAUUGUCUAAGCUUUCCCUGUCUGGCUGCUCUUCGUCAGAACCAUCGCUAUGCGCAGGUUUUUG